AUCACUAAAAAAAAUCCAAAUUUAUUUUGAAACGGAUAAUAACGAACACACAUGGCUUGCAAUUCAACACCCCUCUUAUCACCACCAACAACCGCCACCGUCGCAACCAUCAACCACCACACACUCCUCCAACCAAUCUUCCCAACCAAAAAGCCCAACUCUAACCGUCGACUCACCACAAAACUCCACGUGUCAUCCUCACCAACAAACAAACCAACAACCGCAACAACCUCAUCCACCACACCGCAAAAGCCCAAAUCAGAAGAAACCGUCUUCUUCGACGGUGGGGCCCACUACGGUGACCUAAUAACAAACCUCUUACUGGGAUUCACUCUCGUUUGGCUGCCCUUAACAUUAGCCGCAGUUUCACGGGCCCUAUACCUUCGUUACAGGUUCACUAACCUUAGAGUUACCGUUAUAUCGGGCUUAACGGGCGAGGACAGAAGUGACUUUUCGUAUAAUGUGAUAAAAGAUGUUCAGGUUGUUCCUCGUUUCAUUGGUGAGUGGGGUGAUAUUGUUAUCACUUUGAAAGAUGGUACUAAAGUUGAUCUUAGGAGUGUUCCUAAGUUUAGAGAAAUUGCUAAGUAUUCUCUUGAUAUGGCUAAGAUCUCUUCUCAGGUUUUCAAUCAAAAUGAUCCUAAAGGAUUUUGAUUCUUUUCAAAUCCCUACAGAUUGGAUUCCUUGCAAUUUAGACAACAAUAAAGACUUCAUAUGUCUUUCGAUUCAACAUAGACUUCUAGUUGUAUCCAUUGGAGCACCAUUAUAUGUGUUAGUACAAAUGGAGGAUGAUACAUACUUUUGGAAGAAAUGGAGCACCAUUAAUGAAUAUAAAACACAUCAUGUAAUAUUCAAAUUUAAAUUUGUAGGAACUUGUUUAAAAACUCAA